GGCAUUCAAACGUUGGUUGUUUACACGUUUAUGUCAGAAGAAUAUGGAAUGUCGUCGCUCACUGGACAUUGGGUUUCUUCUACUUUGCAUUUGAGAUUGCCUUCUUUCUCAAGAAACCUAAGCUUCAUCUCAUUCCAAUUCCUCACAAUACAUCCAUUAUCUAUCCCAUCUUUCAUCUUUCGUCUAAAUGUUAAAAAGGGUCAAAGAGAGAAAGCUUUCUUCUCAAUACUCAUCGUCUUUUGAAUUGCCAUGGACAACGAAGAGGACAACAGGAACUCGAGGAACAGGCCGGCCACCCCUCCCGCCGGGAUCAAUGACGACCUUGGCCCUGAUCUCGCCUUCGCAAUGUCUUUACCACAAGGAGAGGAAGAACAAGAAGCACGAGAAGAGACAGACCGCUUGGCGACGCUCUCCACCAUCGAGAGCGAGUCGGAAGAAGAGGAUGUAGACAGCGACGAGGAGUCGAGCGACGGGGGCGAAGAAGAAGAAGACCGUUUCGAGUACUUCUCGGGCAUGGGGUUAGAAGUCGAACUCGGGUUCCUGGAGGGAGAAGACAGCAGCCCGAGCGACAUGGACAUGGCCGAGUUCGAUGACAUCGAUCCGGACGAGCUGUCAUACGAAGAACUGAUUGAGCUCGGGGAGAUAAUCGGGGAAGAGAAGAGGGGACUCUCGCUAGAACAAAUUGGUAAAUGCUUCAGGCCAUUCACUUUUCAAUCGCAAUCAGUAAUUGAUAGGAGAAUGGGAGCGAUCGAUAGAUGUGUCAUCUGUCAAAUAGAAUACGAAGAAGGCGACAAGCUAGUGGUUCUUGAUAACUGCGAGCAUCCUUACCAUUCAGAUUGUAUCACCCGGUGGCUUCAAGUUAAGAAGACGUGCCCCAUCUGUAGCUCUGAAGUUUCCGCGCCCAAGAAAUCAUUGACUUAGUUGUAUUUAUUUGGUCCAAAUUGUGAAUAAAUGAUGCCUUAUAUUUUAGUCAA